AUGCUGAUCAACCGACAUUCCUGUUCGAAACUACUUUUUUUGAUGGUUUGGCUGUGCUUGGCAUUUGACAUGAAACCUGUCUCGGCGAUGAAGUGUCGUCUUGGAUUUGUAAACAAGGGUGGAAAAUGCACUUGGCCUUAA